GUGUGGGUUUUUUUAUUAACAACAUUUUUGGACUGUGUGACUCUGACAGGACCUAGAACAAUGUUUACAGAGUUUGCCUUGAACUGAUUUGCUCUGGAAGCCAGAGGAGGAAGGAGCAAAAAGAGGAGAAAUGAUGGGUCCAUUUCUCUGCCUGUGGAUUGCAACUUUCUUUGGGGUGAGCCAGGGCUGCCCAGAGCCCUGCACUUGCAUAGAAAAAAAAUAUGGCCGCCAGCUAGCAGAAUGCGCUUACAGAGAUCUCCAGGCGGUCCCCGCAGGGCUGCCCUCCAACGUGACCACCCUCACCCUGUCUGCCAACAAGAUCACCUCCCUACAGCAGAGCUCCUUUCUGGAGGUCACCCAGGUACAGUCAUUGUGGCUGGCUCACAAUGAAAUCUGCACCAUUGAGGAAGGCACCUUUGCCAGGCUGCUGCAUUUGAAAAACAUAGACCUCAGCCAUAACCAGCUUGCGGAGUUCCCCUGGGGGGAUCUGUACAACCUCAGUGCCCUGCAGCUGCUGAAGAUGAACAACAACCAGCUUGUGAAGCUGCCCUGGGAGGCCUUCCACACCCUGAAAGACCUGAGGUCCCUGUGGAUCAAUGACAACAAGUUCACCACCAUCGCCCAGGGCACUUUUGAUGCCAUGAGUUCACUGUCCCAGUUGCAGAUCUACAACAACCCGUUGAACUGCACCUGCAGGCUCCUGUGGCUGAAGACCUGGGCUGAGAACACCCUGAUCUCCAUCCCCGAGAGGGACUCCAUCAGCUGUGCAGCCCCGGAAAGCCUCAGAGGCGUCCCCCUGGGGAAGAUCCCCGACCUGCAGUGCGCGCCUCCCUCUGUGCAGCUGACGUACCACCCCAACCUGGACAACACCAUGCUGUAUGAUGGGCUCAUGCUCAUGCUGCACUGCAGUGUCACGGGCAGCCCCCAGCCAGAGAUUAGGUGGGAGAUCCAGACCUCCAGCCAAGGAACAGAGAUAAAUGGGCCCAAAGUGGAAAGAGAUGGGAAUGACCUAUCUGCUGGGGGCUCCAAGCAGAGUGCAGAGAGCUUUCUGCUCUUCAAGAAUGGCACCCUGGUCAUCCCCAACUUCAGCAAGCAAGAGGAAGGGACCUACACCUGCCUGGCCACCAACGAGGUUGGUACUCGUGAGGUCUCAGUCAACGUGGCAUUGGCCAAUUCAGAGAACACGGCGGAACAUCUGCUCAGAAACCACCUCGCAACCAGCAAGUUUGGAGCCAAACACUGCAACAAGGAAGCCCAAGCCAAUUCCUCCAAGGCUGGAGAAAAGCUUGUGAUCAUUUACCGCGUUCCUGCAGGGAUGGGGAGCAGUGAUGGAGGCACUCUUCUGGAGUCACAUCUCUGGGCUUGCAUGCUCUGUUUAGUCAUUUUCCUUUAUUGUUAGGGGAAACGCCAAAGGGUUUCUCUGUAUUUCUGUAUCAUUUAUAUUGACAUAGUGUCACGCAUGCACUGAGCUGCUGGGAGCUGUCAAAGCUGGGGCUGAGAUGCAGAAGCCAGGUCUGACUUUCAAACCUUCCUUCACCCCCUAGUUUGGUGGCAUUCAGAAACAGGUGCUUGGUUCAGCCAAAUGUAUUAAACAAGCCAGCUGGGAAACCUGAUCCUGGAUCCCAACCCCGCCUGCAAGUCUAAGGUGUUCAGAUCUGCAGGCAGGGGUUGAUUUCAACUCAUCUUGGGAAUGAAUGUGCUGUUUCAGGAUUAAUGGCAACACUGAUGCAAUAACCCAUAUCUGGCAUGACCCAGCUUUAAACUAUUUUUAUUAGCUUUCCCGUGUGCAACGAUGGGUGAACCCUGGAAUAGAUCCAGAGGUUUGGUUCAGAUAGAAGCCAAAAUCCUUUCAUCUACCUUCAUUAGGGGAGCUAAGUCCACCUCUGAAUGGUAAUACCAGAUGGCUGAACAGCUGGCACCUUCACCAGCCAAUCAGGUGCUUCCUUUCAAAUUAUUACCCAAUCAGUUUGUAAGCUCCUAGAAGAUAAUAUGAUUGUAAGGAAUAGCCAACAUGGUUUUUGCCAAGAACAAAUCAUGCCAAACUAACCCUCUCAAAGAAUGAAAUUAGGUUGCUGGCCUAAUGGAUGCGUGGGGGAGCAGUAAACAGGAUAUAUCUUGAUUUUUGUUAGGCUUUUGACACCAUCCCACAUGACAUUCUCGUAAGCAAAUGUGGUCUAGAUAAAAUUACUAUAUGGUGGGUGCACAAUUGGUUGAAAGAUCAUUCUCAAAGAGGAGUUAUCAAUGGUUCACUGUCAAACUGGGCAGGCAUGUUUACUGAUGCCCUGCAGUGGUCGGUCUUGCAGAGGUCAGUCAUGGAUUCACUACUAUUCCAUAUUUUCAUUAGUGACGGAUAAUGGGAGCGAAGAGGAUGCUUAUAAAAUUUGCAGACAAAACAAAGCUCAGAGGGUCCUGUGGCACCUUUGAGACUAACAGAAGUAUUGGGAGUAUAAGCUUUCGUGGGUAAGAACCUC